ACCAAACUGGUUGAACAUCAUCAAUUACAGUAGUUUCUUUACCUUUACUUUUUGGUUAAACAGCCAAAUCAGCGAUUAGAAUCAACUCCCUCAAACCGGUUUCUCUCUCUCUCUAAAAGCCACUUCCCUUUUGUGAUUCAUCAUCAAUUAGCUUCUUUACGACAGAAUACUCAAUGAGGAAUCCAGUGCUCAGCAUAUUCAAUUGCUAGCAUCGUUGGUGUUUCGAUUGAAGCCCUCGGUGCAAUCUCUUUAUGGCUGCCAGCUAUUUUUCGCAGAUAGGCGUUCAUACAGUUACACAAUCCUCCCCUUCUCCCACAAUCUCUUGUGUAUAUAAUGCACCUCAUAUUGCAGAAGUCUCACGUAUCACUAGUGCUGAUUCAGUACACGGACAUUCAAGUUCUUCAUCAGAUGGGUUGACCGCUUCUAGAGUCCUUAAAGAUGUACAUAUAUCAGCACGGUUGAUGGAUGAUUUUCUUGCACUUGCCAGAGACAACACAGACAAAGAUUUGGAGACCUGUGGGGUUCUUGGUGCUUUCCUUAGAGGGGGAAUUUUCCAUGUCACGACUCUGAUAAUCCCGAAGCAAGAAUCAACUUCCAGUUCUGCUUUGUACGAGGAGGAGAUCUUUUCUAUACAACACGAGCAGUCCCUCUUUCCUGUUGGUUGGAUCCAUACACAUCCUUCUCAAAGUUGUUUCAUGUCAUCAGUCGAUUUGCACACCCAGUUCUCAUAUCAGGUAGAAAAGGAAAGAAUUGUUCUCGGGAGGAAACAAAUUGGUGCUCAUGGAAAGACUUGCUGGACAUGGAAAGAAUUUGCUGCACAUGGAAACGAUCAAUCGGUAAUUAAUCUAAGCAAUCUAUUAAGGCACGAGAUAAGGCAUACAACAGUAAAAAAACAUAUUCGUUUUUGGGGGCUUUUCAAAUACAGAGAAAAAAGAGGUAGACAAAUGACUUGCUAUUGAAUAUUGAAGAAAAAAAAAGAAAGGUGCUGUACGUGCAAUACAUAUUGGGUUUGAAGUUCAAACAAUAUGGUGGGGUUAUAUCUUUGAAUCUUGGAGUAAAAAGAAGAUCGAUGGAUCUUUGAGCGUUCAAUACAACUUCAAGAGGUUUACAACAUCAACUCAAUUAAUCUCUGAGCAAAGUCCUUCGGUGGAUUCCGGGAGGCAAACGGAAGGCUUGUGGAUUCAAGGCAGCGGCGGUCAAGCACCGGGUGUAGUGAAUGUGGAUUCGGCACGUAGGUCUUAGGACGAUUUGUGAGGAUUCAGAAUCGUAGGGUAAGAUUGCUUGUAACCGCACAAUGUUUUAUAGUGUUUGAUUCCUUCCUGUGGUUUUUUCCCAUUUAGGGUUGUCCACAUAUAUCUUGUGUUCAUCUCUUUAUUGCUUCUCGUUCGUGUGAUUAGCUUAUAUAUUGAUUGGUGGAUUGAUUUAUUAAAAAGAUAAAAAAAAUAGCAAAUAUUUAUAAGCCUAGGCAAUCUAGGAUUUUUCAGCUUAUUGUGUAUAAGUUAUAACUGUUUGAUAAUUUCUGUCUGCAAGGAUGCCUACAUGCGGGUGUUUCUGCUUUUUAAAUGUUUUUCCCAUCAGUUUACUACUUUUAGAAAGUUAUUGCAGUUUGGCUGGUUCCGGUUUGGCAUGGCAUUGCUAAAUGUCAGUAAGAAAAGGGACAAAGGGAAUUUUUAACUUCACCUUUGAGAAGCAAGAGCCCGUAAGGACAACAUGUGGAAAACAAAAUUUGUCGACAUGAAGAGUACUUGUUAUGCUCGUCACUAGGUUUUUGCCUAUGAUCCCGAU